AUGGCGCCGUCUGUCACCCAGAACCUCGAGGGCGAGGAUCACGCUCGCGAUGCUGCCUUCAACAAGGCUAUGCACGGCAAGUCUGCCCAGGCCAAGGGUGGUAUUGCUGCCAUGUUCAGCAAGGGCAGCGACGCCAAGAAGGCUGCUGUUGACGAGUACUUCAAGCACUGGGAUAACAAACCCGCUGAGAACGAGACUGCUGAGGAGCGCGCUGCCCGCACCGCCGAGUAUGCCACUCUAACCAGACACUACUACAACCUCGCGACCGAUCUCUACGAAUAUGGCUGGGGCCAGUCUUUCCAUUUCUGCCGUUUCUCUACCGGCGAGCCUUUCCACCAGGCUAUUGCCCGUCAUGAGCACUACCUCGCCCACAGCAUAGGCAUUAAGGAGGGCAUGAAGGUACUCGACGUUGGAUGUGGUGUUGGCGGUCCUGCUCGUGAGAUUGCCAAGUUCACUGGCUGCCACGUCACCGGCUUGAACAACAAUGAUUACCAGAUCGAUCGCGCCACUCACUACGCCGCCAAGGAAGGCCUCGCCAACCAGCUCAGCUUCGUCAAGGGUGACUUCAUGCAGAUGUCUUUCCCCGACAACAGCUUCGACGCCGUUUACGCCAUUGAGGCCACGGUCCACGCGCCCAGCCUCAAGGGCAUCUAUAGCGAAAUCUUUCGCGUGCUCAAGCCCGGUGGUGUAUUCGGCGUUUACGAGUGGCUCAUGACUGACGACUAUGACAACAACAACCUUCACCACCGCGAGAUUCGACUCGGUAUCGAGCAGGGUGAUGGCAUUUCCAACAUGUGCAAGGUCCAGGAGGCUCUUGACGCCAUCAAGGACUCUGGUUUCGAGAUGCUGCACCACGAGGAUCUGGCUGACCGUCCUGACCCCUCGCCGUGGUACUGGCCUCUCUCUGGCGAGCUGAGGUACAUACAGUCUGUCGGUGACAUUUUCACCAUUGUUCGAAUGACCAAGUGGGGUCGCUUUAUUGCUCACAACCUCGCCGGCGCGCUCGAGACAAUCCGUCUGGCGCCUGCUGGUACCAAAAAGACAGCUGACAGCUUGGCUCUGGCCGCUGACUGCUUGGUGGCUGGUGGCAAGGAGCACUUGUUUACGCCAAUGUACCUGAUGGUUGCGCGCAAGCCCGAGUAA